UGCUACCGCACCAACAACGACCAUGAUGGUGGCCCUUGUACAUCACAGCCCCGACAACCGUGGGGAGCACGAAACAGACGCUUGGAUUUUUUUGUCCAGCGAUCCGAACCAUGACUUCGACUUCCAUCACGCAGCGAUGGAGGUCGUUGUUGCGCACUACACGACGGGACCGAAGUCUGCGGCCACCGCUGGGAGUGCGGCCCCACGAGUGCACAUGUUUACGGACGGGUGCGGCAAGCAGUACAAGGGGAAGCGGAACUUUCGAGCAGUGGCGCAGAGCCUGAGGAGGCUUGGUGUCCGCAUUUUGCACAACUUCGCCGUCACUUCUCACUUCAAGGGCACGCAUGAUGGCAUCGGGGCGCUCAUGAAGCGCCUACUUCGGAACGCGGAGAUGCAUGGCACGCGUAUCCCCGACGUCGACGUCGCGCACGAGUUUCUUCUAGGCUACGCCGUGGAGGCGGACAAGGCGCGUGAAGGCCACUUCACAACCUGGUCCCCUUACCGGAUCAAGAGCUUCGAGGUCAGGAAGUUUGGCCCCAAGGAAAUUCCUCGCCCACCGAUAGAUCUGACGGGGAUCCCUGGAAGUUCCAAGCUGUACUUUUUCACGGGAACAGAGGACGAGCAGGAGGACGUGCAGGAUACCUUUAGUCUUGUGUGGGCUACUAGUGUGGGGGUGCAGACAGACGAUUUUGUGGUGGGAGCGGCCGGAGACAAGGUGUUGACGGCUAGGAAGUGGGUGGUAGACGAGUCCAGGGCAAGGAAAUGGGCCGCCCCCAAGAAGUUCACCAGAUCUUGGAAGUUGCGGGUUCGGGGCGCAUCGUGCUACUGCUCGACUUGCCGAAUAGGCUGCUACGGUGACUGCAUGGUAGCGAAGGUGUACCCCGACUUGGUUGGCGAGGUGAUGGAGAAGUCGGGAAAAGAGAUGGUUGGGAGACGCACGCUUGGGACUCAAUUGACCGGCGUUAUUCUUCCGGUCAUAUCUUCGGACGAGUCCCCAGUGGCGCCUACGCUUGACGAGAGCAUGGGGGAGGAGGAGGAGGAGGAGGGGGAGGAGGAGGGGGAGCGGGAGGAAGCGCAAUACGUAAGCUCAAGAGGUCGCGUAAGUAUCGCGAAGAAGAGGUUCCCGGAGGUGGGCUAG